ACAACUUCCGGUCCAAUGAAAGAACGCUCCAUUACCAUAGAUUUCUCUAAGCGACGUAGAAUUAGAACUAGAGUCUAGAUCUAGACAUAACUUAAUUCGUUGUUAUUUGACGUCCAUAUCUAAAUCUGGUUCAAAUCUGAGAAUUUCAAUGGAUAUCUCAGAUGGGGCUUUUUAAACAUGGAUGUCGACAUAGAUGAUUUCGAUGGGAAGCUGCUGGAUCAGUUUCGGUCCUUGGGCACCACCGAUCGCGAUGUUCUCAUCGCUCAGUUUCAGUCCCUUCUAGGCAACAAGCUGAACCGUGAAUCAUGUGCAUUCUUUUUGGACAUGAAUAAUUGGAACCUGCAAAAUGCAGUGUGCUCCUACUAUGAUUUUGAGCAGCCAUCCAAUUCCUUACCUCGUAUGUCAUUUGUGGCUGAUGUGACAGUUGGUGAUGGAGAAGCAGUGGCUCCAAACACAAUUUUCUUCAAAACCUGGAGGAUCAAAAAUUCAGGUAUCGACCGCUGGCCUCCGGGAUGUCAUCUACGAUUCUGUAAUGGAGAUAAUCUAAGCAUGAUUGAAAGGCGAAUGGUUGAUGCAUUGGGUCCUGGCCAGACUGUAGAUAUAGAUGUAGAGAUGAAAUCACCAUCUAGAGUUGGGAUGUAUCAAAGUCAGUGGAAGAUGUGCACAGCAACAGGGAUGUAUUUUGGUGAUGUAAUUUAUGUUGAAACAAAUGUGGCUGAAGGUGGACUUUUAGGAAUCACCCAGCAGUUGGCAAGAAUUGGACAACAAAAUCAUUCUAACAGCAAUAACAUUAUGUUCCAGUCAUCUGAUGCAAGUCAAAAUGUUCUCUCCCUUGAUUCCAGACACCACCAGAUUAUUCCAUUUACUGGUAUCUCGUUUAAUACUAAUUCAGGAUCCAGCGCUGAUCUCAGCUCAUCAUCUACUAAUGAGGACGAUCUGGAUAUGUCCUAGCAGUAACUCCCCCUGGUGAAUGAAUGUUAUGUGUAGAAGGAAGAAAACGAACCCAUUCUGAUGCCAGAAAACACCUUUGGGUCGUGAUGUACAUACAGUUUGUACUAAUAACAUUGUUUAAACAGAUAUGUCAAGUGCUCAGAGUAAAGGGCUUCUUCAGUGCAAAA